UGAAGACCUCAAUCUGUGAAGACAGGCUCGCUAUCAUGGAUCAUCUUCGGGAAGCAAAUGGCACCUUUGCUUUAAACCUUUUGAAAAUACUGGGUGAAGACAGCUCAAAAAAUGUAUUUUUCUCACCCAUGAGCAUCUCCUCGGCCCUGGCCAUGGUCUUCAUGGGGGCAAAGGGCAACACUGCAAGCCAGAUGAUUCAGGCACUCUCUUUGGAUAAAUGCAGCGGCAAUGGAGGUGGAGAUGUCCACCUGGGCUUCCAGUCACUUCUCUGUGAAGUGAACAAGACUGGCACACAGUACUUGCUCAGAACAGCUAAUAAGCUCUUCGGGGAAAAAACUCUUCAUAUCCUAGCAUCUUUUAAAGAUUCCUGCCGCAAGUUCUACGAAGCAGAGUUGGAGCAGCUGGACUUCCAGGGUGAUACAGAGCAGUCCCGACAGCACAUCAACACCUGGGUCUCCAGGAAGACAGAAGAUAAAAUUAAAGAGAUUCUGGAUCAUGACAUGGUGAAACCAAACACCAUGCUGGUCCUUGUGAAUGCUGUCUACUUCAAAGGAAACUGGGAGAAGCAGUUUAACAAAGAGGACACCCGGGAGAUGUAUUUCAAAGUCAACAAGAAUGAAGAAAAACCUGUGCAAAUGAUGUUUAAGAAGUCUACGUUUAAAAUGACCUAUGUGGAAGAGAUAUCCACCAAGAUUCUGUUGCUUCCCUAUGUCGGCAAUGAGCUGAACAUGGUCAUCAUGCUUCCAGAUGAGCACAUU